UACGUGACUGUCAUGUUAUGGUGAUGAACAUGUAGGUCAUUUAGUCUCGGUCUUAUUUGCGGCUACACGUACAUGUAUUUACAUUUGUGAUUUGCGCUGCGUUUUCAUGGAGAAUUACCAUGGCAGACAGCGGAUGUUUAGGGUUACGUACAGUACUGAGGUGUACUCCCAGAUGUUUCGUGACGAGAUGGGCGAACAGACGCAUUUGGAGUGACGGGAGGACGACAUUGGCACAAGCUGCUUACGACAUGAGACUGGACCUUUGCAGCUUGCUUUUGCGGAACGGUGUAGAUGUCGACCAGAGGGACGAAAAACAACGCACUGCACUAUUCUCGGCUGUUAUCAGCGGUGACAUGGAAAUUGCUCGUCUGCUCCUGGACAGCGGUGCCAGUGUCAAUGUCUGGGACCAGGUUGGAUGCACACCUUUACACUGCGCAGUGUCACAACAUAACGUAGGAUUUGUUGAUCUUCUCAUAGAACACGGUGCUGAUGUCAACGCCUACGCUCAGACCGGAGAAACACCUUUACACUGGGCAGUAGCAAAAAGUGCAUGUGACUUGAUGCUAGUUCGUCUUCUGCUUGAACACGGCGCAGAUGUCAAUGCAGUGACUCAGGACUGCAACACUCCUUUAUAUAACGCUGCAUCUUGCAAUAAGUUAGACCUUGUCCACGAGCUGUUGGAGCACGGCUCUGAUGCCAACAUAAAGAAUAAGGUAGGGCAAAUAGCUUUACAUGCGGCAGUCUUUCAUAAUGACGAAAACCUGCUUCGUCUUCUGGUUCAGCACACUGGUGACGUCAACGUACAGGAUGAGGAUGGAGAUACCCCUUUACAUACAGCAGCAUUGCGUGGAAGGGUAAACCUGGUCCGUCUUCUGUUGGAGUCUGGCGCAAAUUUCAACGUAAAGAAUAAGAAAGGACAAACACCCCUGCACAAGGCAGAAGCACUUAAAAGGGGUGAUCUUCUCGGUCUUCUGAUGAAGCACGGCGCUGAGGUCAGCGUAGAGCCCCGGAUUAUGCAAAGAGUGCUACAUUUAGCUGUAAGAUCUGAAGAUGUCAGAUUUAUUCGAUCUGUGAUAGAUAAGGGAGCCGAUGUCAACAUGGAAGUUCAGCCCGGCACAAGCCUUCUUGUUCACUCUAUGUGGUGCCUGAAGACAUCUUUUGUGGGUUAUCUUCUGAAGGAGGGAGCACAACUUCCAUCUUUAUCACAGGUUCGGCUGGGAUCAGACUUGUAUGAAGAAGAAAUGGAUGUACCCCAGGGCAUUUCAAACAAGACAGCUGUGAUAUUCUUCAUCUCUCAUCUAACCUGCUCCGAUAAAGCGUUAAUACAAGUAAUCCUUGAAAAUAUGCCGAGUGAGGAACUGAAUGAUGUCAUCGAACAAUCGGGUCUUUACGAGAAGCUGUCACCUGAAGCCAUAUCUGAAAUGCUAUGUGAAAUUUCCGCUGAGCCUACUUUGAAAAAGCGCUGCCGAAAAGUAAUUAGAAAAUCAAUCAGCACGGCUCGGCAUAAACAUGGGAUGUCAUCCGCUAUCAAACAACUUCCGGUUCCGGAAUCGGUGCAGAAAUUCUUAUUGCUUGCUGAACUGCAGUAUGAGCUUGACGAGCUAACGGACUAACGUGAUCCUUAUUGCUAAUGUGAUGACUGAUAUGGUGAACUGGAAAUGAGUUAAGGGGCUAACGUGAUUCUGAUUACCAUUGUGAUGAUUGGUGUGAUGAACUGGAGUAUGAGCUAAAGGGCCAGCGUGACUGAUUACCAUUGUGAUGAUUGAUGUGAUGAACUGAAGUAUGAGCUAAGGGG